AUGCUCAACGAUAUUAACGACCUUCUUGAUUUAGAGAAGCACAUCGAUGAGAUUGAACAGAAACGAAACACCCUUGCCAAUGAGUUGGAAACAUAUAGAAAUGGGGUUGUCACAAGAAAAAUCCAUGAAGAACAGGAAAGCAUUGAUCUGUUAGCUGAGAGAAUACUUGCUGCGACAGACAACUUGGAAGCCAUUGAGCAACUGAAAACGGAGUUUGGUGAAUUGAGAAUUCUGAAAGAACUAGAAACUGAUAUAAAGAAUAGAAAUAAAAAAAAGGAAACUGUAGAUGAGCUGCAAAAACUCGAACCAGAACUCAAUGAAGUAAUAGAAAGUAAUGAUGAAAAUACCAUUACUGAUAGCAUCAUUAAUCUACAUGACAAAAUUUCUUUGAUCUGCAACGAUGAGGUAAUUCAUCUAGAUGAUUAUAUACAGUAUUUCAUAUUCAAAUUUGAAGAUGAAUUAGUCAGGCCUGUUAUAUCUACAAAAAUGAACGAAUUGCAAGACAAACUGCUAAAAUCAUAUUGGGAUAACCAAAAAAAGAACAGCUUGACCACGAAUCAGAUAAAUGAUCUGCGAUCUAAAUCCAGCGAAUUAUUCAGGUUAAAUAACUGCUUGUUUAAUAAUAGCAGCGAACCUUUAGCAAAUAUGAAAGCUAUUGCGAACAACUUUAAAGUGAGAUUUACUUACCAUUUUCACAACUCUACGACAGACAUCGAAACUUACUUUAAAUUUUUAAAAGAUUAUCUUCAUGAAAAUCUUUAUCAGUGCAUUUCAAUAUUUUAUGACCCCAGUGUAGGACUAUCAAAAGCAAUUAUCCAUCAAGAGUUCAUUAACAAUGUUCUUAAUCCGAUAAGGGAAAAAAUCAGAUCUACACUAUCGACAAAUGAUUUGAAGUCUGCAAUUUUCCUGAUAUCACAAAUUUUAGCAACAGACAAAAUUUUGUCGAAGACGUUUCAUUACCAGGGUAGUGGUUUGGCAAGUUUGAUAUCAGAUGACCAAUGGGAGAAAUGGAUAAAUUAUGAGGAGGAAAUAACGAAGAAGCAAUUUUCCUCAAUAACUGGAAAUACAGAAAAGGAGCUAUUACAAUCAGCUAACAAUUUCAAUGAGUUGAUAAAAAAGACGUAUGUGUACUUAGAACCACUAUUAACUUUAGAAUAUGACCCUGCUCAGAAAUUCAAAUUACAAUGUUGCUCGAACAUCUUCCUGAAUUUAUUCAGCAUGUACUUAGAACAUACACUUGCUGUUGAUACACUUGGCGAAAAAAGAUCCAAAGAUGAAGAAUUACAACAAACGUUGAUAAAAUUGAAUAACUUAUGCAUUGUCGCCAAUAAAAUCAUUGAACUUCAAGGUAUGGAACCAUUUGUAUUAUUGACCGAUAUUGUGAAUAGGAAUGAGGCAAAGAAUUAUAUUUCAGUUUUCCAGGAUAUACUGAAUGAUUACGAGCAAAACAUUCAGAUUGAUAUACAGAGAUCUAUUGUUCACAGAUUGCAGAAACUGCUAAAAGAUACAUUACGAAACUAUUUCAAAAUUACUGGAUGGUCCACAGACUACUCUCAAGAAGAAUUAACUACUCCCAGCUCCGAGAUCAUAGCAGCAAUCAAUCUUUUAACACGUAUAUUUAUCAAGAUUGACACCCUGCAGGUCCCGCCAAGUAUUGUCAUUCAAAUAAAGAACGAUAUUUUAAAUGUGCUUGUGUUGUACUUCACAGAAUCCAUUUUAAAGCUUAAUAAGUUCAAUAAGCGCGGUCUUUUGCAAUUUGAACUAGAUUUUAAUAAAUUAAAGGAUUGUCUUUCUCUGCCUUAUGAUAACUUCAAUUUUAAAGAAAGGAUGUUAACUGAGAUAUUACAUAUUCUCCGUUUAAAGUAUGAUUCAGCACAGUCCCACUUCUACGAAAAGCAAUAUAUUAAGCAAGGAUUAUAUGAUGAUCUUCGAGCACAAAACAAAAUUGAAGUAUUAAAGGACACUGAAAUACAAGACGCACUAUAUAGAAUAGCUUAUGGCAAUAUCGUUGAAUAA